AUGAUGCUGCAUGAGCCGGAUGCGAAAGCACAAGAGGAUCGCUCAGCGCUGCCAAAGCCCAGCCUCUCUAGAACCAUCACACCCGGAUACAUGGCAGCUGUCAUGUCAUCUCCGGAUGUUCUUUGCAAUCUUUGCCAACAGUACUUCAGGCAAUAUGACAAGAACAAGAACGGCUUUCUGGAUUGCCAUGAGGCAGUUGAGAUUGCCAAGGACUUGGGCAGCACCUUGGCUGUGCCACUCGGGAGCACCGAAGAAGUGCUGAGGCCAUCUUUGAAAAGGUUCAGCGAGGAGGGGCGGGAUGCCUUGACGCUAGAAGAGUUCAGCCGUUGGUUCCCAUCUGUUUUGGGUCUGGAGCCUUUGUCUCCACAACACAUUCAAGAGAUGACAAGCUCAGCCAAAGAGAAGUGGGAUCCAAUGGCCAGUGAGCAGCAACUUGCACGACAAAGCUUAACCCCAGGCUACAUUGCAGCUUUAGCAUCCUCGCCGCAAACGGUGAGAACGCUUUGCAAGCAGUUCUUCAAGCAGUAUGAUGCCAAUGCAAAUGGGGUCUUGGAGUUUACAGAGGUGAGAAAAUUGGCAAGCGACCUCUCCAUUACUUUGGGCAUUUCGAUCGAUGAAAGCCGCUUGAAAGAGCGCUUGGACACAGCAAACAGCAGUGGCGAUGCUGCACUGUCGUUGGAUGCCUUGUGCAGCUGGCUGCCACAGCUCGUGGAGAACCAGACGCCACCGGCGCAGCGCAUUCUUCCAGCCGAACAAGCACCUGCUGUGCCGAAGGGACAUGUGGAGGCCUUGAGGAGGUCUCCCAGGAUCCUGGUGCAGCUGUGUCGCCAGUACUUUCGGAUGUAUGACAGAAAUCAAAAUUCUGUUCUUGAUGAUGCUGAGCUCAUUGUUUUGGCAAAAGACUUGGGCCAAUGUUUGGGGGUGACCUUAGGGUCCCAGAAGGAACUUCAAGACUCCAUUGUCCGCUUCAGCGACGGCAGUGAUUGCCUGACCUUCGGCGAGUUUGUUUGCUGGUUCGCCACUAUGAUGGGCGUUGAGUCGGCCGCCAUGAAGGAGAUCAAUGCCUUAGCAUCACCAACAGCGUGA